AUGAAAAAUUGAACCUUCGUGACGCAAUAUUUUCAUUUUGGAAGCAACUCGACUGUUGUUAUCAACAAUAGUUUAUUAAUUUCCUGCAGCUACUUUUAAGGAUAAUGGGGGUUACAAAGAAUAAUAGAGAUCUUUUUCACUUUGGAUAUAUCGAAGAUGAGCUUGAACAACUGGAGAAUACUCUGGAAAGUGAAGAGGAAGAGAAUGUCAUAAACAAACAGAGAAAGUUAAGGCGAGGUAGAAGAGCAGGUUACCAUGGAUCAUCCAGCAGCAUUAACGCCAUGGGCAGGAAAAGAAUGGGGGCUGGCAAAGCUCGUCGUGUUGACAAUUUGAAACAACUUUUGAACAUGGCAGAAAAAGAGGACUCAUUUGAGCUAGACUUUGAUAUUUUUGAGCCAACCAUUUCAGCAUUUGCAGAGCUUUUUAAUGAAAAAGAAAAGAUGCAGGCUUGGAACAGCUUUGUAAACAGUUCAGAGGAGGAGCAAGAAAGAAUCAUCAGUGGAAGAUCAAUCCCAGAAACCAUCACUGAGGAGGAAGAGGAAGUGGAGGGCGACUUCCAGAUGGUGGAGAGGACAACAGAAAAUACCACAGACAAAAGGAAAUAUCAUCCAUCUUAUACUGCAGAAGAAUGUUUCCAGAGGAUUGACAAGAAAAUUAAAACCCAUCUGAGAAGAAAACAUAUCCCACUGGAAUUCCUGAUGAGUCUGGAGGAGAAUGUGAUCGAUUUCUUCAGAUCUUGGCCGGACUCUGUGUACAUCCAGCAUCUAACAGGAGGCUUUGAGAGAAUGAUGCUGCACGGCGUGUGCCAGUACCUAGAUCUCCAUUCCAAAAGUGUGGAAAACAAUGGAGAACGUCACACUCAUGUGGAGAACCCCUAUCCUGUCUUUGAUCCUCCCACCGUUUUACUGUCAUCCUACCUCCAAAGGUCAUGGUCAUGACAACACAUUACAAAAUACAACUCUGAGAAAACAUUUACAAGGCAGAAAUUUGAACUCAUUACCGUAGAUAUUUAUUUUUUGGUACAUCUGAUUUUUAUGCAUUAUGUGUUUAUGUAAAAUGUUAAUACAUGUGUUUUGGGCUACAUGUUGAUUCUGUUCUAUAUGAUUGUACAUCAUAGAUAUAUGUACUGUAAACCAACUUUUGUUUGUGACGACUUUAUUUCACGGUUUACCAGGGGUAAAAUAGUUCGCAACAAAUAUUUUUUGUGAUCAAGCAUUUUUGGAUCUGUUUUUAAUAGAAACAGAGACUUAAAGGACUGGUUCGAGGCAAGAAGUAGUUGCGAUGACGUGGUUCUCCUGAACAUCGCAAGACUUUCUCUCACAUGAAUAAAAGUUGGUUUACAGUAUUUAGUUUUAAGGCAUGGAUCAUUUUUACAACUGUUACUCAUUUUAUAUAUGUUUUUCCAGUCAUAUUUAUGGAUUAAUGAUGCAAAUUGCUGAUUUUUUUAAACCAUUAGUAACAUUUGAUGUGAAAUAGAGUAUUUUUCUUGCAUGAUCUUUAGAUUGUAAUAAAAAUAAAAAGAUCAGGUGUAAUUGUAUAUUUUUUAGGUGAUGGAAACCAGUGAAAAUACAAUUUGUCAAGUAUAUUUUUUCUAAUAAUAUUUUUAAGAAGAAUUUCUCAAACCAAAAAGGGGCAUAACUUCAGCUAUACAAAUUCAAAUAAAAGCUACAAUAUAUUUGUUUAUAAAAG